GUGGGCAGUUGAAAGUACGCAGUUAGAAUUGGAAAUGGAGUUCCUGUUUUUCCCCGACAAAACUGUCCAUAAAGUUAGUCCGAUUGUUUCCCUUAUGUUUUUCUAUGUCAUCACAACAAAAGGGUGCACUCAAGUUAACAUUUCCUGCAACGGCAUUAAGACUGAUAAUGGAUUCCUGUUCACGUAUGACUGUCCUGAGGAAAGUGAGAGUCUUGUGUAUGAUAAUAAGACGACGAUUGCCCAUCGUAAAGAUGGCACUAAUUUUACGCCUGCAGUGAUCAGCAUCAACAGCAAUUCAACCAUGACAAGAGAAUGCAGAGACCUGCAAGUAAAAUGUUUCAUUUCUGAAGGGAAGCAGCUUGUACAUGAGAUCUGUUGGGAUUUUACAAUUACCGAGAUGCAGACAACUCCUGAACCCAGCUAUUCACCAAUGAAUCCUAAACAGUGGGACCCCAUCAUCAGUGUAUCAGUUUGCCUGGCAGUGCUCAUCGGGAUCAUCAUCGUGACACUUUGUUGCUUAUACAUUUCUUGGAAAAGGAAGCAGCAGGGCGGAGUUGGAGUUUCUGAGUUUUUCAGAUACCUACGGACUUCCUGUUCCUGUAGAGAGGGGAAUUUCCUGGCAGAAAGGAGAGAGGCACACGAAAAUGGUGUUACUGAAUAUAACGCCGUCCCAGUGGUCCAACCUGAUGAUUCAGAGACUCAGCAGAACAAUGUUAUGAGACAAAGUGUGCUUGCCUCCAAAAUGCAUGGAAGUGGUGACUAUAAUAUCGAGCAGAAUAACACUCUUAGAAGAGAGCUUGUUGACAGUAUUGAUCCUAACGCUGAUGGUCAGACUCCUCAAUCCUUGAGUCUGGACCGCAAUUUGAGCAACGGGUGCAUCCAGCUGACUAUAAAUGAAGACAUACGCGCCCCUGAUAUUAACAGAGCCUUUAAUCAUCGAGCCAUGAACGGGGGUGUCACGGAUGAUCCAGGAGGAGUGAAUAAGAACACAGGAAAAGACACUAUUGGAAUGAGGGACAUGUCCGGAGGACUCCUGGUGACAGUGGGCCAUGGACUCAUGUGA